GCUAAAUGACGAAAUAAAUUUUGUUUGCUAAUAUAAGAACGUGUUAAUUUCCUAGAAAAAGUGUUGAUACUGAAAGACUAAUUAAGUUGUAUUGGAUUAGGACAAAAAUGCAGAAUGUUGGACAGUCUGAAAACCGAAAUAUCGAUAAGGUGAAUGUGCAACUUGAUGUGGUAAAAUCGUCCACUCCUCAAAGUUCGGCUUCGAGUCCGGCCAAAUCUGAAACCGAGACGUACUCAGGAGCGCCUGCCAAAUACAUGACGGACUCUUCGGAAAGCGAGGAUGACUCUGUGUCCGAGAUUUUGCUGGCUUGUUUGUGCCUUAGCAGGCCAGACCUGUUGGCGGAGAUGGAGGAAGAAGGUGCUGGUGCAGAUUCGUCCAAGUUCCUACUGUCCCACGAUGACCCCGAGCAGGCUGUUGACCCUGAGAUGCAGGCCAGACUUGAAGCUCUACUCCAAGCUGCCGGCAUCGGCAAGCUAACCGGCGAGGGCAAGCACCUGGCGGACCCCGAGGUGCUGCGGCGGCUGACGUCAUCAGUGUCGUGUGCGCUGGACGAGGCAGCCGCUGCCCUGACGCGCAUGCGUAGCGAUCAGCCUCCACAGCACCACCGUCACCAUCAUCAGGACAAGCCGACACAAUGCGGGUCGACAGCGACGGGCACGAGCGGCAGCGGAAGUGGGAGCGGUAGUAACGCGGCAGCGGGGAGUGGUGCGAGUGGUGGCGGAAGCGGGAGCGGCGCCGACGGCGCGCCAUCUCUUGCCGAGGCAUGCUCAGACGGCGACGUCGGCACUGUGCGCAAGCUACUCACAGAGGGUCGGUCGGUGCACGAGACCACGGAAGAGGGCGAGUCAUUGCUUUCCCUCGCUUGCUCCGCUGGGUACUACGAGCUGGCACAGGUGUUGCUCGCCAUGCACGCCAGUGUCGAGGACCGCGGUAUCAAGGGCGACUGCACACCCCUGAUGGAGGCGGCGAGCGCCGGCCACGUGGACAUCGUGCGGCUGCUGAUCGCGCACGGCGCCGACGUGAACGCCGUGUCGGGCUCGGGCAACACGCCGCUCAUGUACGCCUGCGCGGGCGGCCACGAGGAGUGCGUGCGCGCGCUGCUCGACAACGGCGCCAACGUCGAGGACCACAACGAGAACGGGCACACGCCGCUCAUGGAGGCUGCGUCAGCAGGACACGUGGGCGUAGCGAAAAUCCUCCUAGAGCACGGUGCGGGCAUCAACACGCAUUCAAACGAGUUCAAGGAGUCCGCGUUAACUCUCGCCUGCUACAAAGGGCACCUGGACAUGGUGCGGUUUCUGCUGGCAGCUGGCGCUGACCGCGAACACAAAACCGAUGAAAUGCACACCGCGCUCAUGGAGGCCAGCAUGGACGGCCAUGUCGAAGUCGCACGGUUGCUGCUGGAUUCCGGUGCUCAGGUAAACAUGCCGACGGACAGCUUCGAGUCACCUCUGACACUCGCGGCGUGCGGCGGGCACGUGGAACUGGCCAUGCUACUACUGGAAAGAGGCGCCAACAUCGAAGAAGUCAACGAUGAGGGCUACACGCCGCUCAUGGAGGCUGCUAGGGAGGGUCACGAGGAAAUGGUGGCGCUCCUAUUGGGACAAGGCGCGCAGAUCAACGCCCAAACGGAAGAAACGCAGGAGACGGCGCUCACGCUGGCCUGCUGCGGAGGCUUCCUAGAGGUCGCAGACUUCCUCAUCAAAGCAGGCGCUGAUGCUGAACUCGGCGCUUCCACGCCGCUUAUGGAGGCUUCACAGGAGGGACACCUUGAGCUUGUGCGGUAUCUGCUGAACGCGGGCGCGGACGUGCACGCGCAGACGCAGACGGGCGACACGGCGCUGACGUACGCGUGCGAGAACGGGCACACCGACGUGGCCGACCUGCUCCUGCGCGCCGGGGCCGAACUCGAGCACGAGAGCGAAGGAGGCCGCACGCCGCUCAUGAAGGCUUGUCGCGCAGGCCACCUCUGCACCGUGCAGUUCCUGGUUGGCAAGGGCGCGGACGUGAACCGCAUGACGGCGAACGGUGACCACACGCCGCUGUCGCUGGCGUGCGCGGGCGGACACGCGGACGUCGUUAAGUUCUUACUCGCGUGUGACGCGGACCCGUUCCGCAAGCUCAAGGACAACUCUACAAUGCUCAUCGAGGCCGCUAAAGGCGGGCACACCGCCGUCGUGCAGCUGCUUCUCGACUACCCCCACUCCGUUAUGCUGCCUAGAGACGGGCACGCGGCAGGCGCGUUGACGCCGGCGGAGGAGGGCGUGGGCCUGUCGGCGGCGCAGGCGGCGGCGCUGGGGCUGAGCCACGCGCCGGCGCCGGGCGCGCCGCAGGCCCGGCGAAAGAAACAGGGCGCUCCCCCCACUGCCGGCGCGGCGCCGACGCCCCCCUUGGCCGCCACCCCCCUGGCGGCGCCGCUCCCCGCGGCGGCGCCCCUCCCGGCCAACGUGGGCAAGCACAAGUGUGCGCGGAAGCAGCGCGCCGCGCCCCCCCACUCCGACCACCACCUACCGCCGCCGCCGGACAUACUCGACGAACAGCCUAUCACGGGUAUUAGUGCAACAAAGCUUUCCACCGUCUCGUGUACAAAGGCUGUUGGUAUAUAA